CCGCCGCCCCCGAACCCCGCCGUGUCCUUCCCGGCGCCUCGGAUCACCCUGCCCUCCGGCCCCGACAUCCUUCGGACCUACUCGGGGGCCUUCGUCUGCCUGGAGAUUCUUUUCGGGGGCCUCGUCUGGAUCCUGGUCGCCUCCUCCAAAGUCCCUCUACCUCUGCUGCAAGGAUGGGUGAUGUUCGUGUCCGUCACGGCCUUUGUCUUCUCCCUCCUCUUCCUGGUGGUGUUCCUCUCCGGUGUGGUGACCCAGAUCGAUGCCAACUGGAACUUCUUGGAUUUUGUCUACCAUUUUACAGUGUUUGUUUUUUACUUUGGAGCCUUUUUACUGGAAGCAGCAGCCACAUCCCUGCACAAUCUGCAUUGCAAUACAACCGAGAUUCUGCAGCCGCUCCUGAAUAACAACCAGUAUAACAUAAAUGUGGCUGCCACAAUUUUUACCUUUGUGACGACAGCUUGUUAUGGUUGCAGUCUGGUUGGCCUUACGAAGAUGGCGACCGUAACACUCCUUAGAAACUGCCUGUGUUCAUCUUUUUUGGUCUACUCAUAGCAUCGUCCAGUCACUCGGGAUAUCACUCGGGAUACCUUUCACCCAGAGAGAACAACAUCCCAAAAGUGAAUUGUUCAGGAUAGAGAGGGAAUCUUAAGUAAAAGUUUGUGUUCAUUUUGUGAAUGGAAUUUUUAUUUUAUUAUGAUGUAGAACAGAGAAAAAACCUGUAAUUUUGCAUCCUUCCAUUAACAUUGAUAAAAUAUCUAAUAUAUAGGUAUUGCUCAUGAGAAAGGUGUAUCUUUUUCUAUAGUUGCUAAGACAGCUGAACCUUACUUUUAGUAGGUACCUAGAAUUCCUGAAAAGAAAAAAAAAAAUAUUUCAACUAGGUUUCUUGAUGGAUUCAGUCCUUUAGUGUAAAACAAGGUUGACACUUUUUCUAUAAAGUUUCAGAGGCAAAUAUUUUAGACAUAGCAGACCAUACAGUCGCUAUCACAGCUAUUCGGCUCUGCUUUUAUUACCUGAAAGCAGCUAUGGACAAUACAUAAAUGAAAGUGUGUGGCUAGAUGCCAAUAAACUUCACAAAAACAUGCCCGAGGCUGAAUUCGGCCUAGGAGCUGUGUGCUAUAGUUUGCUGACUUCUGGUGUAAAACUUUACUUUUGUGCUCUGUAUACUAUCAGACUAUCCUGAAAGACAUGAAGAUACUUAGAUAAGACACAUAAUAUUUAGUCUCAUUAUGCAAUACUCACUUUGCCUUUGUGUUAAUGGUCAAAUACUUAUCCUUGAAGGGGUAUAUGCUUUUUCAAGCUAACUCAAGCAGAGAUUUGAGUAUAGGAAAAAGUAAUUUCUGAAGUGAACCCUUGUUGAUUAAUCAAAAAGAGGGUCCCCGAACAAGUGAGCAAAUCUCUUAGUUGGCAUUAAAAUGAGGUCCCCAGACACCGUUAACCACUGCAGGAACUGGUAUUUGGUGACUUAUGUCUUACUUUGGAUUGAUUUGUGUUUCCGAAUACAAUUGUUUGCCCUGUGCAUGAAUACAGAAUAUUUGUGUGUGGAUAUUUGAAGUUCUACCGAAUAGAGCUCUCUGCAGAAUUAACCUAUACUGCUAGUUAUUGUGCAUUGAUGUUUGAGUUAAAUUUGAAUAGAAUAUUAAAUUUAACUUAAAGUUGUAAAGUCUUACAUAUUUUGAUAACCACCGACAUCCAUGCUGUUUUGCUUGGGUAAUAAACACAAAAGCAGUUUUGAAACAACCUCUAUCACAAAAACUCUGUCUAGCUGAAUAACACAGGAGACGAUGCCAUAAUUUAGCCCCUGUGGAGAUCCUGGCUGUGGAACAGAGCCAGAAUGACUUGAGUGGGAGAACAAGGUAGAGUUAGAGUCCCACUGCCUCGACACUGUCCAGGCCUCCAAAAAGGGCAGCCUCUGGGGAGAGGGGCUUUUGGCCACUUUGUACUUCCAGAUCUUUGCUUUUUGGCUGAAUCAUCCCCUGAGCCAUGUAUAAGUUGGGCUAUUAGAUUUUAUGGAACAUAGAACACUUAAGAAUGGCCAUUGUAAUCAAGGUGCAGUGAUCUGAUGCUAUUUAUGUAUCAACCCCCUAAAAAGAAAAAAACAAAGAAUAGUUUGUGAUAUAAUUAUGAAGAUUAAAAAAUAUGUUUUAAUAUGUGGCUUGAGAAAAUCAGACUUAUGACUUUAUACAUAUGUCCUAUAUUUUCUAUACUAUCCUACUUCCUUAGUUUUUCUAGCUCUAGCUGCCACACUUAAACCUGUAUUAUGAACUGUAUAUUACAAAGUCAUAUAUAUGUGCCAUAAAGAUAUAUAUUCUAGUGGGAAUUGUUUAAAGUUAGUCUGCUAGAUUUAGCUGUGAGAUUUUAUUUUUGUUUCCAAGGUAUAACAGGUCCAUGCUUGGUGGCAUUAAAUUAAAUGACUUCACGAAAAUGCUUUGUAUGGCGCUUUCACACAUGGGUUGCUUCUAGAUCAGUAAGAACCAAGUGUAACACUCAUCUACUGUGAAUACUUACGUCUGUAGAUUAAUCAUGUUCUAGAUUUGUGAGUAGAAUGACAAAGCACUUGAACAAAAAAUACAGCAUUUAAGAACUUCUUUAUAUAUCUGAGUUGUAAAGAUGAGAAAAUGACUGGUUUUAAAAUCUGGGAACUCCAUGAUGAAAAGAAAUUUAUUUUAUAAGU